AUGACAGAAACAACUACCCCCGCUACCCCCAACAAGUUCAUUACCGUCUUCUGUGGUGCUUCGCCUGGUCGCGAUCCCGAGUACGUCGAAAUGGCCAAGGAUCUUGGACGUGAGAUGCUCAAGAGAAACUAUGGUCUCGUCUAUGGCGGUGGAUCAUAUGGAUUGAUGGGUGCCAUUGCUCAGACCAUCCACGAAGGUGGUGGAAAGGUCAUUGGUGUCAUCCCCGAAGCCCUCAAGAAGAUUGAGCGUCCAGAGCUCGGAGGCGAUGUCAAGAACGACCAAGUGUUUGGCGAAGAGAUUGUCGUCAAGGAUAUGCAUACCAGAAAGGCGCUGAUGAACAAGCUGUGCGACGGAUUCAUCACAAUGCCUGGUGGUUAUGGAACCAUGGAGGAGCUCCUCGAGAUCACCACUUGGUCUCAGCUGAGCAUCCACACCAAGCCCGUCAUGCUCUUCAACAUGAAGGGCUACUUCGAGUACCUCCUCAAGUUUAUCGAACACUCCAUCGAAGAGAAAUUUGUUGUCGAAUGGAGCGCAGGUGUUAUGGUCGCAGGAUCGACUGCACAGGAGGUUCUUGAUAAGUUUGAGGUUUACAAGCCCCCCAAGUCCCGCUUCGAGCUCAAGUGGAACGACGUCGAGACGAGCCAGAACUUUGUGUAG